AUGAAUAUGAAUUAAACAAAAUUGGAUUGCUAUAAUAAAACUCAAACAGCAGGAAGUGUAGCUAAAGGAGCAAAUACUUUUGUUUCUGGAACAUUAAUGUCAAAUUGGCAUGAAGAAGCAUAAUUAAAAGAGGAUACUGGUUUUGGAAGAGCCCCUGUUCCUUAACAUAUAAAAAAGAAGCAUGCUGAUUUGAUGUUAAAACCUCCCGAAGAAAUUUCUCUUUAUAAAGAACAAGUAAAUUAGCUAGAUACAACAACUCGUUUAUUUGGUAAAAUAUAACCUGAUAUUCCAAAACCAGCUUCCUAAAAGUAAUAAUUAUAUAUAUAAAAAGCGUUGGAGGCAAUAUAAAUAGGGCUGAUUUAAUACCUAAAGUUGGAAAGAAAGCCUAAUUAAUAGAAUAAUAAUAUUUAUAAUAAAUUUAGACAGAAUUAGACUCUCGUGAGGCAGACAGUUUCAGUUAAACAUAAUAGAGAUAUUUUGA